CCUGAGUGGACAGUGUGUGGACAAGUUCACCAAGUCUGAUACUGAACGGCUGACAGGUUCUAGAUAAGAGGCCUGUGUGAGUGGAAGCUCCAGACGAAACCUGAGAACAUGGGGCCCAAGGAUCUAAGUCCACAGUGGUUUCAUUCGUCAUUCUGCUGGACUUUGGUUGUGUUGGUCAUUUUUACAUCUGUUCCCUGCAGUGGUUUCCAGUUGAACUGCUCGGAGCCCAGCCAGCCCACCCUUCUCAAAGCUCUGGAUCCUGUCUUUAAUCUGAAGGCCAUUCGACCGGUCAUGAACAUGACCACACGCACCAGCAUCCACACGUACUUCACUCUCUAUGGGAUUCUAGGAGUGGAUGAAAAGGCUCAGCUGUUGCGGACCUACAUCUGGUUGUCUUUUUGGUGGAUGAAUGAAUUCAUCAGCUGGGAUCCAGUCCAGUGUGGAACCCACAAGAUCUCUCUUCCCAGGGACCAGUUCUGGGUUCCAGAUAUAGUCAUUAAUGAAUUUAUGGAUGAGAACAAAGCUCCGUCCGUCCCGUACGUCUACCUCUACAGUGAUGGGAAGGUGUUGAACUCAGUCCCAGUUAAAGUGGUCAGCUCCUGUAACCUGGACAUCUACACUUUUCCCUUUGACAUUCAGAACUGCACUCUGUCCUUCAACUCCUACAUCCAUAAAGCCAGGGACAUAAAGAUGAAGUUAGGAUGGUCUAUAGAGAAAAUCACAGAGCGAUCCAAGAAAGUCAUGACGACCAUGGGGGAGUGGGAGCUGCUGGACAUCACAUACCAUAAUUACUCCAUGUCUGAUUAUGACGACAGCAAAGCCAUUGAUGAAAUUGCGUUCCAUAUCCGAGUGCGGCGCCGGGCCACCCUGUACGUGGUCAACCUGCUCAUCCCCAGCUGCUUCCUCAUCACCGUGGACCUGUUCAGCUUCCUGCUUCCUCCUCAGAGUGUGGACAGAUCAUCCUUUAAGAUGACUCUCAUUCUGGGAUACACAGUCUUCCUGCUCAUCAUGAAUGACCUGCUGCCCAUCACUGGAAACACCCUCCCCCUCCUAAAUGUCUUCUUCUCGCUCUGCCUGGCUCUCAUGGUGGCCAGUCUGCUGGAGACCAUCCUCAUCACCAAUCUUCUGCACAGCUCUGCUGACCUUCCUCCCGUCCCGCGCUGGAUGCACAUUCUCAUUCUGCAGAUUAUUGGUUUUCUGGUUUUUCUACCUUGGAAGCCUAAAGAGCCCAGAGAUGCAGACAUGAAAAUGCAUGAGGUGGUGGCAGAAGUAAGCAAGACACCAGUGGAGGCCCCAGAGAAGGUCCUGGCCAUGGAGAAGGUCCAGGCCCCGGAGAAGGUCCAGGCCCCAGAGGAGGUCCAGGCCUCGGAGAAGGUCCAGGCCCAGGAGGAUCACCAGGCCUUAGAGGAGCUGAGGAGCCUGGGGAAGGACCUCCAGGCCGUUCGCCUCCUUGUGGAGAAGCAUCAGGGUGGAAGUCCAAGCUCAGAGGAGUGGAUCCAGGUGGGUUUUGUCAUAGACCGCCUGCUGUUCGGCCUCUACAUCCUCUUCAUAUCAGUCAGCUUCAUUACCAUCAUCAUUAUCUGGGUGAAUUCAUAUGGUCAGUAGCGCUCAUGUACAGUAGAAGCUCCAAUGACUUCACUGUUUUCUGAAGUCUUAUCAUUAAAUCAGAGUUUUGUUGUAAAUGAAAUUAUGCAACACUUUAAAUUCACUGUGUUUCUAUUUCUAAUAAUUAAUGCUACUAUUGUCACUAUUGAAAACAGACAUGAAAAUAGUUCAGUUAAUUUUAACAGA